AUGUCUUGGCUCAAUCGACACCCGAAUCUACGACCCGAGGACUGGGACCUAUUGGAUUUUGAUCAACAGCAAAAUGAAGUCUUUACUAUCACAAUCAAUGAUCAAUCAAAAGACAACAACAAGCCUGGUACUGAACAUGGUAUCACUACACAGACGAAUCGCAAGGUCGUUGAGGGAGAAGCUGAUCUUGGCCAAUGGGUAGAUGAGAUCUCUGGUGUUCAAAGCAAACAGAAUGCCCCUACAUAUCAGCCAGGCGAUAAUGGCUCAGCAUCAACAAUCAAUUUGAUCUUGGCAUCACAGAUGUCGUCACUUGAUGAGCUUCCAUUUGCAAAGACCACAUACACGUACAUUAUGAUCCGGAUGAGGAUGCACGGGUCUAUUGUUCGUGCUAUCAAUCGCAAUACGCAGUGUACCUUUUCAUCCCUUCCUUUCAACUGGCCAUCCGGUUACUCACCUAUCCCAUCAAUCGUCUACAAUUGUCGAACGGCUGGUUCUUGGGAAGGAGACAUGGCACUAUCCGUUACUUUCUUUCCCAAAACCUUGACGACUAAUGCCGUCUGGUAUGGCCUUGAUACUAAGGAGCAUCGUACCUACGGUCACAAGCUUACCAAUGCCGACAUUAUCACUAGCCGUUUAUCAAACUUUGACGGCAGCUGUCUCCAUCCCCUUAUCCUCCCUACUAUGUUUGCGGAAUGCGAAAGGGAGAGGCAUAUUGGGCUGGUCAGAAAAUACCACACUCAGCUGGUUCAAAGGAUCAACGAUCUUGCAUAUCCAAGCUCGUCUACCAACAACAGUAAUGAAACCGAACUGCUACGCAUAUCAACUGAGAGGAAAUCUAGAGAUUCUAACUUUACGGAGAAGUUAAGGACCUUGGUAUCUCAACUUUCCAUGAAUUCAAAAACAGGACAUUCUUCGCAUGUGGAAGAUAUCUCCGCCCAGGAAAAGACCUUCCAUCAACGACAAUGCAAAGAAACAAAGGAAGAUCCUGAGCCGGCUGUUGUAUUGUGGCAAAACACUAGCUUUUUAAGUAACGGCCUUCUGAACUGGCAAACACAAUUGAGGAAAAUGCUUGAGCAAGUGCAAGACCUCGACGAUACACGAUUCGGGAUCUCCACAAGCGAAUAUGACCCACAGGUUGAGUUGAAACUGGCCAGACUUCGCGAAGUUGGGCUACGGAUCAAGACAAGGAUACAGGAUCUUAUCUAUGAGUACGACGAGCAUAUCCGACAGUGUAACCACAUCACCGAAGGUUUGAGGCUAGCAACGCAACUUGAACUCAAUGAUAUCGGCCACAAAGAUGCCAGGACAAAUCAAGAGAUCGCUCGUGUUAAUCUCAAGGUAGCUCAAAUGACGCGUCUGGAUAGCAGCCUGAUGAGAUCUAUAGCUACACUGGGGAUGAUUUUCCUCCCAGCUACUUUUGUAUCAACCUUCUUUUCUAUGGACUUUUUCCAGUGGUCAGAAGAAGAUGGCAACAACCAGGAGCUGAUUUCUUCUUACUUUUGGGUUUAUAUCGUUGUUGCGAUCGGGCUAACGGUAUUGACAAUGUCUAUCUUCUAUACAUGUGUUUUGAGAGCUCCUUCAGUUGACGUUGAUGAGGAGUCGACAUGUAGCUAG